GGUUCCUGUGAUGUUUGUUCAUGGUUCCUGUGAUGUUUGUUCAUGGUUCCUGUGAUGUUUGUACAUGGUUCCUGUGAUGUUUGUUCAUGGUUCCUGUGAUGUUUGUACAUGGUUCCUGUGAUGUUUGUUCAUGGUUCCUGUGAUGUUUGUUCAUGGUUCGAUCCUGUGAUGUUUGUUUACGAGAGAUUACGAAAACAUCCCAGAGCCAGCAGAAAUGUGGUGUCUUUGGAGACUGGAGAAUUUGACGGAAGGAACAGAAAUCAGAUAAGGUAGUAGAGAAAGGAGUCGGAGUGAGCUGGUGUUCACAAACACUAGUCAGAAGAGACAAUACAAGUCCAAGCACUCUUGAACCGACAUAAAAGCCUUGAAAAGACUUUCUCUCCCUGGAGGUACAGAUGGCCAAAGAGGCAGAGGUUGACAAAAGAUUUCUCACGUUGUACUUGCUGAGCUGGACAACUCCAGGAUCACACUCAGUGUAGGUUUUUGGACAGUAGUGGAGCAGAGAAAUGAGUUGGGGAGCCAUGAUUGAUGAUAUCUGUUUGAGAUCUGCUACUUGAAGAAGAAGAAAAAGAAGGAGGAGGAGGAGGAUCCUUAUCUCUCCACCUUCUUUUCUUUGUAUGUUACUCUUUACUGACACGUCUAAUCUGUGGCACUUGUAUCACCUACUUUUGUUGUAAAGUUGUUUGGCUUGCGUUAUUCCUUGCUUUUUUCCCCUCACAGGCGAAGGUCUGCUUCUGUCCAGAGAAAAGUACGAGGCGACGUCCUUGCAGCUUUAUUCCUUGACGGAGAGACUCAAACUCCCGGAGCCAACCUGUGGAUGGAGGAGGUGCGCCACGUGAGUCGUCUGCCGUGUCUGGAGAACCUUCUGCUGGUGGGCAACACGGUGACCUCCACGCUGGACUACCGCACCAAGACGUUGGAGAUGUUUGGGGACCGGGUGCCUGAGGUGAAGCUAGACAACCAGCCAGCCAAUCAGAAAGAGCUGGACACCGUGGCCGUGCUACAAGCUCUACGCAAGGCCAAGGACGUCAAGAUUGUGAAGAAGCCAAAGAAGGUGAGAUGA